CUUUUCUCUGAGUUGCCAGAGACUUCACGUUGUGGAAGAAUUUUCUGCUCCUAUUGUGAGUCUACUUAGCUGUCCAGACAGAGCAACUAUACUCUGCUUCGGUCCUUGUCCAGAUUCUGCAAACAGAUUGAGAAGUAUGGCGGUGACAACUCGUUUGACCUGGAUGCAAGAAAAGAAUCUGCAAAAGCAUUUUGGAGGAAAACAGUUUACCCUUCUCUAUAAAGCUAGUAUUCAUGAAUUCUCUACACGUGCUUUGUUUCAGAGAUGCUGUGAUCAAGGGCCAAUUGUGGUGGUGAUUUAUAAGGAACACAAUAUUGUUGGGGUAUAUAUGAAAGAGGGUUGCAAGAAAAAGGAGAAAAUUUCUGCCGUCAUUUUUGCCCUUAAAGAGAAUGAAAUUUCAGAAUGCAAAAUAAAACCACAUUUUCCAACUAUAUUGUUUUAUGAUAGUGGAGGGGGAUGGGAUGAAUUAGAAUUCCACGUAAGUAUGAAGGCUCAAACAAUGACUAUGGACUCAGCUACAAUGGAAAAACUUGGAUUACCUCAGAUCCAAACUACUCCUUUUCAGGAAUGUGAAGUUUUUCGAUGUGAAGGGAUGAGUCCUGCAUUCUCUUUGGAGCUAAGAAGAAAAUCAGUUGGACUGGAAUUUCCAGGAGCUCCAAUUGUAGAUAAUUUAUUGGACAUAAGUACUCUGAAAGGAAUUACUGACCUCCGUGAGAACUUAUUUUCAAACACGAAAAGGUACAAACCAUAUAGAGACCUCAUCCCGCAAGUGCGAAUUCUGCUGCUGGGUCCAACUGGAGCUGGGAAGUCUAGCUUUUUCAACUCAGUAAAGUCCGUUUUCCGCGGCCAUGUCACACACCAGGCUCUGGUGGGCUCUCAUACGACUGGGGUAUCUGACACGUACAGGACAUAUUCCAUUAAGGAUACGUCGGAUGGCAACCUCUUGCCAUUUAUUCUGUGUGACUCAAUGGGGCUGCAUGAGAAAGAAAAAGGACUGUGUAUGGAUGACAUAGCCAACAUCUUGAAAGGCCACAUUUCUGACAGAUACCAGUUUAAUUCCAUGAAACCAAUCACACCCGGUCAUAGUAACUAUAUUGACCAGCCAUUGCUGAAGGACAGAAUUCAUUGUGUGACACUUGUGCUUGAUAUCAACUCUGUUGAAUACCUCUCUCAUGAGAUGAUAGCAAAGAUCAAAAAAACUCGAAGGCAGUUGAUAAAGUGUGGCGUGCAGCAUGUGGUUUUGCUCACUCAUGUGGAUAGCAUGGAUCUGAUGACAAAAGGUGACCUAACAGACAUAUACAGAUGUGUUCCCGUGAAGCACAAGUUAGAAGCAGUCCACAGAGAACUUGGAUUUGCUCUUUCUGACAUCUUGGUGGUUAGUAAUUAUACCUCAGAGUGGGAGUUGGACCCUAUAAAAGAUGUUUUGAUCCUCUCUGCCCUGAGACAUAUGCUGUGGGCUUCGGAUGACUUCUUAGAAGAUUUCACCUCUUGAGGAAACAGAGAUUGGAGAAAAGGAAUUAUCAAGUAUGUAAAAGGAACACUUCACAUACUCAUAGUUUUUAAUCUCAUCAUAGAAGAGAGAAAAUUGAGAAAUAAGAAAUUACAGGAAAAAGAGAAACAGCUAAAACAGAAGAAGCAUGUUUUAUUUAUGUCUUGGAUGAAGAUGCACUUCAAAAUCAUAGUAUCUGCCAAACAAGGAGCAGCAAAUUUAAAGCCAUUGUAAAAAAAAAAGAUCAUAAUUUUUUGGAUUUAUUUUCUAUAUCUGUGAAAAAUGAAAGUUUCUUCUUAUAAACCUUGAGUUUAACUUCAAUUGUAUGUGUGAUUUUGGAAAAGUUUAUUUUAAUGUAACUUGUAAGCAGUUUCUGAUCCUCAGCCUCGUCAUCUUAAUUUUGCUUUCUUAUUUUAUUUCCAAAGUAUUUGAGUGCUCGCUACGGCAGCACAUAGACUAAAGUAUUUGAGGUUUUUUUAGGUCUCCAGUUAAUGUUAUAUUCUUUCACCCACAGUUAUUUUUUGUUUGCUUGUUUAAUAUCUAAAACCCUCUUACAGGAUGUGACAAUUAAUAUUAGUAAGAGUUCUAGAGGAUUAAGACUAGCAAGGACUAUAUUGAUUAUUCUGUCAAUUCUAGCUAUUUUAGUUACAAGUGACAAAACUCAACCUGAAUUACAUGAAUAAAAAAUAAUCAAACCAUAGAAAAGGCUGGGAUUAAAACGAAUUGCGUCAGAAAUGGUUGAAUCUAGGGAUUCAAAAGGUAUUCUCUCUCUUUUACUCUCUCCCUUACACAUAUGCACGCACAUAUGCAUGCACACACACACACACACACACACACACACACACACACACACACACACCCUCUGCUUCCUUCUUUGUGCCUAUUGCUGUCAUUCUCAUUUAGGUUUCAAAUUGGCACUCCUUUAGCCUUAAAUCAUGUAUCUGACCCCCAGGAACAAUCACUUCUCUUCUCCAGAAGAGAAUUAAGUCAUACAUUCCCAGAAAGAGUGAUAUAUUAUUAGAAGAAGGAAGUUAAUUAUGGACACGGGCACUAUUUGAUUAACUGAACUGGAGAGGUACCACAAUAUGUAUCAUAUAGUUAGGGGAGUUUUACAUCUAGUUUCUCCUUUAGAUUGUGAAGAACGUCUUAUUAAUAAGUCUAAUAUCAUUAAUAAUUACUUUUAAAAAGCUUUUCAUUAAAGUAAUAUAUACACAUAAAAAUAAUACAGUUCAUAAUUAUAUGGCUCAAUACAUUUUGAUAGACUUAACAAACAAAUGAAACUAGAAUUCAGAUAAGAAACAGAACAUCCUAGAAGUCCCUUUUAUGUCCCAGAUAUCCACUAUUCUGACUUCUAAUUGUAUAGAUAUAUCUUGUCCUUUUUUAUCCCUUACAUAAUAUUAUGCACUAUUUACUCUUUGGGGUCUGACUUCCUUCAUGAGAUAGUGUAUUGUUUGAUCCUUAUUAUUGUACAUAGAUAAAGAUCCUUUACUCUCAUCUAUCCUAUUAUUUUAAUGUUAAUGGGUGGUUCUAAUAGUUUCCUUAUAGGUCAACAAUGUAUUCCAUAUAGGUUGUGUUAAACUUUUUCUCAUUUAUAGCUAUAUUGAAACAAACCAUAUGAUUUUGGAUGUUUCUGAUUUUUGUAUAAUAAAGAUUUUAUAAUGCAAACAUA